UUUCAGCUCAUUAAGUCAAUCAGAAAGUGGACAGAUCGCCGGUCGCUCUCCUACAAACAAGUCAUUGUAAUACAGGUGCAUUACAGUGUCACUUUAGCACACCCAGUAAAGUCAACAUGAAAACUUUACAUGUUCUUCCACAGUCGUAGAGAGGAGCUCAUGGUUCGUAGAGACACCUGCCACAGACGGAGAAACGCAAGGACAGAGAGAAGAUGAUCAGGAUCCUUCUGUUUCUCAGCCUGGCGUCCUCUGUCUGGACGUUUGUUUUGAAAAGGACUCCGACUGUCUUUGAGGCCAAAGAGGACGACAACAUCACCAUCAGCCUGGACAGUCAGCUCCAAGCUGACGUGUCUCUGGCUGACAUGAUGUGUGUUUUCCACUCAGACGCCACUAAGAUUUUGUUUAAAAUGAUCAGAGGAGUGGAGGACUCUGAGUCUCAGGAUGAGCAGUUUGCAGGACGAGUUCAGACUGACAGAGACGCUCUGAGAGGAGGACGAAUCAGACUUCAUCUGUCCAGAGUCACAGCUGAAGACUCUGGAAGCUACAGGUGUGACGUGUCUGCUGACUACGACAACAGCCUGAAGAGAUGGAGGCUCGAGACAAAUGAAAACUUUGUUUUGAGUGUGGGUCGAACCUCUGAUGGAGACAGCACUUAUGUCUCACUCAAACCUCUGAUAUUUGGACCACCAAAAGGUUUUGCGUCUCUGCACAUGAUUGUGAGAAAAAUAAAGGUGGACAAAAAGAAACCUUUGAUUGCAGGUGAUACUGAAGGUCCAAAGCCAGCAGAAGAAAGGCCAUGUCAUGAAAAAAUCUCAUUAUUUGUUCUGAUGGCAUUUUUAAAUGUGGCAACUGCAGGAGUUGUACUACUUUUCAUAAGAGGUCUUUGUAACCUGUUAUGAUGGCAAGAUCAACACCACAUGGAAACGUCCGCACUGUGUCUGUAAUAAAACGACUUAAAUCAA